UCCAGACUGGCAGCAUUUUUGGAGUGUCUUGGUUGUUGAAAGACUAAACCAAAUCACCUGUGAGUGAGAAGGCGACGUCGGAGUUGAAGCUCUGUCACUGCUGAGCUAAUUGUUUGGGUGCAUCGGGAUUACAUCGAGGAGCAUCUCCACCAAACCAAGAGGAGAGAGGCAUAUGCGGGACUUUUUACGAGUGUAGUGUGCACGGACUGGGAUUCUGUGGACCAGCGUUUACGCGCAACCUUUCGAUGGGAUUCUGAAUGAGAGAGCCAAAGCUGCUACGAAAAUGUAUAUAUAUUUUUAUAGGACAUAGAGACACUCGAUAAAUACCACCACUUAUGUCCGGCUCAUUUCUCUGAUCAUACAACUUCAUGAAGAGGAAAAAACAUUCUGUUUAACAACUCAAUUAAGAUUCUCGUAAUCAAGGGAGAACAUUCCAUUCACAAGCAAUUGGAUGAGAGUCGUAUUUGCCCUUGGCAACUGAAGAUGAUGUUACUAUGGAAACGACUUCUGCUGCUAUCAAUCAUUGGUUGCCUUGCCGCUCAUGCACAAGAUGUCCUGUUCCAAGGGCCAAGAUGGAGAACAGAGCCCAGUGACCUCAUUCUCCCCAACAACUCCCCUGACCAGGAAGCCACCAUUACAUGUGAGGCAGAGGGGAAACCCUCCCCACAGUACAGAUGGUCGCUUAACGGAACACUCAUUGAUCUGGGGAGUGACUACCGGCGUCACAUGUCUGGAGGCAACCUGAUCAUUAACAGUCUGGACAGGGACCAAGACACAGGGAUAUACCAGUGCACUGCCUUCAACACAUGGGGGAUCAUCCUCAGCUGCCGAGCCACUCUACAAUUUGCAUACCUAGAUAACUUCAAGACCCAAACUGCAAGGAGUGCUGUGAAUGUCCGAGAGGGCCAAGGAGUGGUUUUGUUAUGUGGACCACCCAUGCAUUCUGGAGAGCUGACGUUUGCAUGGAUCUUCAAUGAGUACCCCUACUUUGUCCAGCAAGAUAGUCGUCGAUUCAUCUCCCAGGAGACAGGAAGUCUGUACAUCGCUAAAGUGGAGCCUUCUGAUGUGGGCAACUACACCUGUGUGGUCAACAAUAGCAUCACUAAGGGCAAAGUCCUCAGCUCUCCUACGCCACUGGUCCUGAGGAAUGACGGAGCAAUGGGAGAAUACGAACCGAAAAUAGAAGUUAAUUUCCCUGACACUGUUCCAGCUGCGAAGGGAUCCACAGUAAAACUAGAAUGCUUCGCACUGGGAAACCCAGUCCCAGAAAUAAGUUGGAGGAGAACCAGCGGUGUCCCAUUUCCCAGUAAGGUGAAGAUGAAGAACUCCAAUGCUGUUCUUGAAAUUCCACAUUUCCAGCAGGAAGACACAGGGAUGUAUGAGUGCGUGGCAGGAAAUAGCCGGGGAAAAAACACUGCACGAGGUCGUAUCGCCUUCCAGGCAAAACCCCAUUGGCUGCAAACAAUGAUCGACGGGGCCCUGUCCAUUGAGGAGAACCUGUUCUGGGAGUGUAAGGCAAACGGAAAACCCAAGCCCUCCUACAGUUGGCUGAGGAAUGGAGACAACCUUAUGGCAGAGGGCCGGGUGCAAAUCGAAAAUGGGGCUCUCUCCAUAGCAGCAUUAAACCUGUCAGACGCCGGGAUGUAUCAGUGUGUGGCUGAAAACAAACAUGGCAUUAUUUAUUCCAGCGCUGAGCUAAUGGUGUUAGCAUCACCUCCCAGUUUCUCCAAGAAUCCACUGAAGCCCCUGCUGAAAGCUCGCUCGGGCAGUGAAGUGGUUCUGGAGUGCAAGCCCCAAGCCUCGCCCCGGGCAAUUAGCCUGUGGAAGAAAAGCAAUGAGAUUGUGCAGAAAAACGAGAGGAUUACUCUGCUUGCCAACGGGACACUGAAGAUUGUCAACGCAACCAGAAGGGAUGCGGGGAGCUACACAUGCAUCGCUAAAAAUCAGUUUGGGACUGCAAGCGCCACCGGAAGACUCCUUAUCACAGAGCCCACCAGAAUCACCCAGAGGCCUGCUAACAUGGAGAUCAUUGUUGGCGAAAGUAUCGUGCUGCCCUGCCAGAUAGCCAGCGAUCCAGCCUUGGAUGUGUCUUUCUCCUGGGAAUUCAACGGGCAGCUCAUAGACUUCCACGGGGAUGCCGAACAUUUCGACAGAAUAGGAGGGAGCAUUUCAGGAGAUCUGAUGAUUCGUAACAUCCAGCUGAAUCACGGGGGGAAAUAUGUCUGUGUUAUCGACACCGACGUAGAGAGCUUGUCCGCUUCGGCCAUCUUGGUUGUGAAAGGUCCUCCCGGGCCCCCGGACACAGUAGCAGUGGAGGAGAUCACAGAUAGCACGGCCCAGCUCUCUUGGAGCCCCGGCAGGGACAACGGCAGCCCUAUCACCGGCUACAUCAUCCAGGCCCGGACCCCCUUCACUGUGGGUUGGCAGGCUGUGGACACAGUUCCUGAGGUGAUCAAUGGCAACACACUGACAGCCACUGUGGUGGGCCUGAACGCCUGGGUGGAGUAUGAGUUCAGGGUGGUGGCCCGCAACAGUGUGGGCAUGGGAGAGCCCAGUCCAGCCUCAGCCAAGACCAGGACAGAGGAUACCAUGCCUGAUACAGCUCCCACUGAUGUUGGAGGCGGAGGAGGCACAAAAUCUGAAUUAGUGAUAACUUGGGAGCCCGUGCCUGAGGAACUGCAGAAUGGAGAGGGCUUCGGUUACAUCAUCGCCUUCCGGCCGCUGGGUGCCAUCACCUGGACACGAGUGGUCAUCUCCACGCCCGGGGUGGCCCGAUACAUCUUCCGCAACGACACCAUCCCGCCUUUCUCGCCGUUCGAUGUGAAGGUUGGGGCGUACAACAACCGUGGGGAAGGCCCCUUCAGUUCCAUAGCCACAGUGUUCUCAGCAGAAGAAGUCCCCAGUGAGGCUCCUAAGAGGGUUUGGGGCAGGAGUGUAUCUGCAGCUACAGUUGAAGUGAUUUGGGAAGCCCUCCCCGUCACCCCUGAAAGAGUGCUGGGUUAUGAGGUGGUCUACUGGGAAGAUGACACCAAGCCUGACACAGUAGGCAAAGUCAGAACCUCUGGAAACUACUCAGCGGUCAAUGUGACUGGACUGAGCGCUAACACACAGUAUUAUCUAGCUGUGUGCGCCUUUAACACUGCAGGGACAGGGCCUCAGUCAACACACAUCAACGCCACCACCAAGAAGCCAGCACCAGGCCAGCCUCCUUUGAAUGUAGAGUGGACCAUGAUUGGCUCUCUGCUCACUCUACACUGGGGUCCUGUGAUAGCCAUGGAGACAGAGGCAGAGGUCAUCGGAUAUCUUGUGCUGUUGAGAAGACACCGGUACAAUGACGUAAACAGCAUCAUAACAAACAAAACCAGGAUGGAGCUGACGCUGUCUCCCAACGACAACUACCUGAUCCAGAUCAAGGCCCUGAGUGAGGGUGGUGAAGGUGUAGGCAGCGAACCCAUCCACAUCCACAAAUUAAGCAUGGGCGCACAAGGUUCGGGAGCAUCUAGUCUCAAUCCGCUAUCGCUGUCUCAUCUCUCCGCAUUCCUCAUCAGCGCUCUCCUCCUCCUCAACUCCCACUGGUGAUGUCUGGACACAGUCACAGCCCUCCUACCGGCCCUCCUCACUCCCUCUCCUCUAGCAGCCUGCUCCCGCAUUCAGAUAGGCAUGGAUGCAACCCUCUGUGGCAGUGCUGGACAGAACAGGAAUUUUGAAGGGGCCAUGCAUUGAGGAUAUAAAUUAUGUUCUGUAGAAAACAUAAAUUUGUGUGCAUGAUAUUUAACAGUUUCCUCUCAUAUCAUAAGUGCUGUCAUGCUGUAAAACUAUUUUGGAAAUAUUUUUUUUCCAAUGGAAUAUACUUCUAUUUAGGAGUACUGAUGUCUACAUUAUAUAUGUACAGUUGAAGUCGGAAGUUUAGCCAAAUAUAGUUUUUCACAAUUCCUGACAUUUAAUCAGAGUAAAAUUCCCUGUCUUAAGUCAGUUAGGAUCACCACUUUAUUUUAAGAAUGUGAAAUGUCAGAAUAAUAGUAGAGAGAAUUCUUUAUUUCAGCUUUUAUUUAUUUCAUCACAUUCCCAGUAGGUCAGCAGUUUACAUACACUCAAUUAGUAUUUGGUAGCAUUGCCUUUAAAAUGUUUAACUUGGGUCAAACAUUUUGGGUAGCCUUCCACAAGCUUCUCACAUCAAAUUGGGUGAGUUUUGGCCCAUUCCUCCUGACAGAGCUGGUGUAACUGAGUCAGGUUUGUAGGCCUCCUUGCUCGAACACACAUUUUCAGUUCUGCCCACACAUUUUCUAUAGGAUUGAGGUCAGGGCUUUGUGAUGGCCACUACAGUACCUUGACUUUGUUGUCCUUAAGCAAUUUUGCCACAACUUUGGAAGUAUGCUUGGGGUCAUUGUCCAUUUGGAAGACCCAUUUGCGACCAAGCUUCAACUUCCUGACUGAUGUCUUGAGAUGUUGCUUCAAUAUAUCCACAUAAUCUUCCUUCCUCAUGAUAUCAUCGGUUUCGUGAAGUGCACCAGCCCCUCUUGCAGCAAAGCACCCCCACAACAUGAGGCUGCCGUGCUUCACAUUUUCAAACAUAACGAUUGUCAUUAUGGCCAAACAGUUCUAUUUUUGUUUUAUCAGACCAGAGGACAUUUCUCCAAAAUGUAUGAUCUUUGUCCCCAUGUGCAGUUGCAAAACGUAGUCUGGCUUUUUUUAUGGCGGUUUUGGAGCAAUGGCUUCUUCCUUGCUGAGCGGACUUUCAGGUUAUGUCGAUAUAGGACUUAUUUUACUGUGGAUAUAAAUACUUUUGAACCUGUUUCCUCCAGCAUCUUCACAAGGUCCUUUGCUGUUGUUCUGCGAUUGAUUCACACUUUUCGCACCAAAGUAUGUUCAUCUCUAGGAGACAGAACGCGUCUCCUUCCUGAGCGGUAUGAUGGCUGUGUGGUCCCUGUUUGUACAGAUGGAGGUGGUACCUUCAAGCAUUUGAAAAUUGCUCCCAAGGAUGAACCAGACUUGUGGAGGACUAAAAAAAAAUGUAUUGGGCGAUUUUUUGUCUUCUUUUUUUUCCAUGAUUUCAUGCAAAGGGGCACUGGGUUUGAAGGUAGGCCUUGAAAUCCAUCCACAGGUACACCCCCAAUUGACUCAAAUGAUGUCAAUGUGCCUAUCAGAAGAUUCUAAAACCACGCUGUCUAAAGGCACAGUCAACUUAGUGUAUGUAAACUUCUGACCCACUGGAAUUGUGAUUAAGUGAAAGAAUCUGUCUGUAAACAAUUGUUGGAAAAAUGACUUGUCAUGCACAAAGUAGAUGUCCUAACCGACUUGCCAAACCUAUAGUUUGUUAACAAAAAAUUUGUGGAGUGGUUGAAAAACGAGUUUUAAUGACUCCAACCUAAGUGUACGUAAACGUCCGACAUCAACUGUAUAUAUGUUUGACACUGAUCCUUGAAGAUUACUAAUGCCUUAAACCCAUUUACAUACCAAAGUAGUUGACAAAAAAAAGAAUUAGUUAUCUUGUGUUUUCAAAGUAAUGUGAGUUUUUAAUGAAGGUAUGUUACAUAAUUGUGGUGUCAGCUGCUCAAUGGAGAGAUGUGUUGUGGUUUAUAUGGGUUGGACGUCCUUUGAUAUAACUAACUGUACAUGACAUCUUGAGUUAUUAUUAUGAGGUUGAAGAAGUACAACUAAUUAUCUAACUGACAACAUGCCCAAACUAAUGUCAAAUUGGCCACUAUAGCAGAUAAAACCAGUUUUACAUGAUAACUGUUUGAAUCAUAAUAAUUUGAUCAAGUGAUUUUAUAGCUGUAGCUAAACCAUUACCUUGAAUGAUUUGUGUUUGAGCUGUGUUAACUGAAUACCAGUUUGGUCACCUGUCCCUCUAAGCCACUCAUCUCUGCAUAGUGAAAUAGUAUUAGGCGCCUUACAGAGCUGUUGGCUCCUGAGCUUUAGACCCCUAUUUAAAACAAUCUGAUGGGACCUGACAUUUUGUUCUGUAUCUCAUGCUCCUCUUAAUAAUUGAUGCAUAUCACACUCUGCAUUCAGCACACAGUGAAAUGUUAAGGUUCCCGAGAAUAGAAUCAUGUAGAGUUAUUGUGUCAAACAAAUCCCACUUGUAAUUUUCUGCAUUUAAAUGACCUCUAAAUGCUAAAUACAUCUAUCAUUUGACCUCCUGAUUAUUCAGAAUACCGAUCAUCAGUCGGCAAAAUAUAUAUAAAUCAUACAUGUUUAAGUAUAGGACAUAUAUGAGUGCCUUCACUGGAACAUCUUACAAGUUGACGGACAUAUCCACUCUUUCUGGAUCAGUUUUUGGAAAAUUAAUCAGGGGGGGGUGUCUAUACUUUUCCUAAUUUCUGAGAGAUCCCAGGCAUAAUAAAUGUAUGAUUGAAUCUGCAGCAUAAUUUAGCAGAUAUUAAAGCAUCUAAAUAAAAUCUGUCAUGUCAAUGGAGCCAUGACUGGAAAUUAAGGAGAAAAGUUGGCUGCUGUCAUGUCCCUUUCUCAAACUUCACUCUGAGAAAAAAGGGUUAUUCGGCAGUCCCCAUAGGAGAACCCUUUUUGGUUCAAGGUAGAAAUAUUUUGGGUUCCAUGUAGAGCCCUCUGUGGAAAGGGUUUUACACAGAACCCAAAAGAGUUCUUCAAAGGGUUAUCCCAUGGGGACAGCCAAAUAAGCAUUUUAGGUUUUAAGAGUGUAUAAAGUACAAGACUAGAGAACUGCUACAGUACUCUUUUAAAGAACUGUGACAAGCCUUAUGGUGAGGGAGAAACUGUUUCCUGUUCAUGUUAUUGUACGAUGGGUCCAUCAUCAUGGGUCCACUGACUACUGCUAUAAGGUAUUGUGCCUUCACUGAACUUUGUCACUGAUUAGGGCUGGCUGACCUAGGAUCACGUGGUUGUGGGACUGUUCCCGUCAUCUGCAACGUCCAAUGAAAGCAGAAGGAAGUGAUCCAAGGUAACUGUGACUCUGUCUCUGCUUAGCCACCAGAACAGGUGUGCAGACCCCAGAGGCCCGUAAAGCUCAAUCAGUGGACGUAAUCAGCCUGUCCUAUCUGCUCCUACAGUGGUUUCAUAACGGCCUGUGCUCAUUGAUUAGACUGCUGCAGCCCAGUCAAUGGGAUAUUGAUUUCCCCUGUCCCAUUAUUGCAGCUAUCACAAUUGGGCUGCUUGAUUGACUGAUGCUGGUGCUUCCUGUUGCACAUUUCUUUGUUGGUUACUAUUUGAGAUGUCCUCCCCUAGUCUUUCUCUGUCUGUGUGUCCACCCCAUCCAGAGGAGACAAGUCAAAAUCAUAAUAAUACAAUGUAAUAUACAUUACAUGUUUUUUUACAAGAGCUACUGUGACAAAAUUAUGUUUUAGGUAACAUCCCCCUACUAGUUCCGACUACCUUUAAUGGAUUUUAAGUGCUGCACAUUUAUAAAUUCCCUUACUGAAAUUCAUAUGAAAAUUAACAGCAUUUUGUUAUUCAUUAAAGGUUAUGCGUUGGUUAAGAGAGGAAAAUUGUCAUGUUCCUUUUUUGUAAUGUAUUUUUGACUGUUGAGCUCUUUUUUGAAAAACUCUAAUCUGAGGCUGAAGAGAGACAUUGAUAUAGCAGUCCUUUUCUUUUUCUACAAAUGAUGAACAAUGGCUUUUUAGGUGUCAAACUGUCUGGGGACUUAGCCUGUGUAAUAAUACUACUGUAAAACAGAAGUACAGCGAGGUGUCCAAAAAGUAUAAGGAUACAGCACAGUAACAGUGUCUAAUUGAAAUAGUAUACCUCUUAGACCUUUUUCCUAAUUCCUAUGCCCAAUGCCCUGCUCAUUAUUUCUGUAUGCUGGUUAGUAGAAUAGUAUAUACUUACCAGUUCACCUUCACAUCACGCAGCGCUAGAGUAUGUGGAUUUACAUAUAAGUCCUUUGUCAAAUUUGGCCAGACUAUCCUAUAAUUUACAUGGCUAUAUACAUGUAUGUUACACCCUGCUGACUGUAAAAUAUAGGAGAAAUAAUGUACCUUUUUUGGGAUUGUACUUUGUGAAUUAGUACAAAGUGCAAUCCAAGAAAAUUAUUGUAGCCAUCAGGUCAGUUGCGUUUGAGUUUACAUUUUUACAACAUGACAUGAUAAACACUGAUGUUGGUUACUUAGAGUGCGCUUUAGUUCUGACAAAUGUGUUUGGUCAAAUGUAAAUAGCUUGCAUAUAUAUUUUUAAAGAUGGCCUACAAAGACAAUUUACUGAUAUUUUAUACAACUUGUGGCCCUUGAUUUUAAUACUGAUGUAUUAAUCCAUGAUCUCCAUGAGAUAACUGACCUAUAGAACUGUGUUUCAUAUUGAAAAGUAACUGUUUUGUCUUGUAUACUAAAAUUGUGCAUGUGAAUCAUUGUUUUGUGCUUUUGUGUUGAAUUUUCUAAAACUAACUUAAUAAAACGUUAACUGCAGCAA